AUGGCUUCCACUGCUCAAAUCCACGGUCUCGGAACCGCUUCUUUCUCUUCCCUUAAAAAACCCUCUUCUAUUUCCAGCAAUUCCAAAACCCUUUUCUUCGGUCAACGUCUCAAUUCCAAUUUCUCUCCCUUCACCCGCUCAGCAUUCCCCAAACUGAGUAGCAAAACGUUCAAGAAGGGUUUUACCCUCAGAGUCGUCAAUGAGAAAGUCGUCGGUAUCGAUUUGGGAACCACCAAUUCCGCCGUCGCCGCCAUGGAAGGUGGAAAACCGACUAUUAUCACCAACGCCGAAGGUCAGAGAACGACUCCCUCUGUCGUGGCGUACACCAAGAACGGUGAUAGGUUGGUCGGUCAAAUUGCCAAGAGGCAGGCCGUUGUCAAUCCCGAGAACACCUUUUUCUCCGUCAAGAGGUUUAUUGGAAGGAAGAUGUCCGAGGUUGACGAAGAGUCUAAGCAGGUCUCUUACAGAGUUAUCAGAGACGAUAACGGUAACGUCAAACUUGAUUGUCCCGCUAUCGGUAAAUCUUUCGCAGCCGAAGAGAUUUCUGCUCAGGUUUUGAGGAAGCUUGUUGAUGAUGCUUCCAAGUUUUUGAAUGAUAAAGUAACUAAGGCUGUGGUUACUGUGCCUGCAUACUUCAAUGAUUCUCAAAGAACUGCUACCAAGGAUGCUGGAAGGAUUGCUGGUCUUGAAGUUCUUAGAAUUAUCAAUGAACCAACUGCUGCAUCCUUGGCUUAUGGUUUUGAAAGGAAAAACAAUGAAACUAUUUUGGUGUUUGACCUUGGAGGUGGUACUUUUGAUGUCUCAGUGCUUGAGGUUGGUGACGGAGUGUUUGAGGUGCUGUCUACUUCUGGAGAUACACACUUGGGUGGUGAUGAUUUUGAUAAGAGAGUUGUUGAUUGGUUGGCUGGUGACUUCAAGAGAGAUGAAGGUAUAGACCUUUUGAAAGACAAACAAGCUCUUCAGCGCCUUACCGAGACAGCUGAGAAAGCAAAAAUGGAGCUUUCAUCAUUGACUCAAACAAACAUCAGUUUGCCAUUCAUAACUGCCACAGCAGAUGGCCCCAAACAUAUUGAGACCACUCUUACAAGGGCUAAAUUUGAAGAAUUAUGUUCAGAUCUUCUUGACAGACUUAGGACACCAGUGGAAAAUUCAUUGAGGGAUGCAAAGCUCUCAAUUAAGGACAUUGAUGAGGUGAUUCUUGUUGGUGGGUCAACACGUAUUCCUGCUGUUCAGGAGCUCGUGAAGAAGUUGAUUGGGAAGGACCCAAAUGUCACUGUUAAUCCAGAUGAAGUGGUUGCCCUUGGAGCUGCUGUUCAGGCUGGUGUCUUGGCUGGAGAUGUCAGUGACAUUGUGCUGUUGGAUGUUUCUCCACUGUCAUUGGGUUUGGAAACUCUUGGUGGUGUGAUGACCAAGAUUAUUCCAAGAAACACUACCCUUCCCACCUCAAAAUCAGAGGUUUUCUCUACUGCUGCUGAUGGGCAGACAAGUGUAGAAAUCAAUGUCCUUCAGGGCGAGAGAGAAUUUGUUAGGGACAACAAAUCUCUUGGUAGCUUUCGCUUAGACGGUAUCCCUCCCGCACCUCGCGGGGUUCCUCAAAUUGAGGUGAAAUUUGACAUUGAUGCAAAUGGUAUUCUAUCGGUUGCUGCCAUAGACAAGGGUACAGGGAAGAAACAAGAUAUUACCAUUACUGGUGCCAGCACUUUGCCUGGUGAUGAGGUUGAGAGAAUGGUCAGUGAGGCAGAGAGAUUUUCAAAAGAGGACAAAGAAAAGAGGGAUGCAAUAGACACCAAGAACCAGGCGGACUCUGUUGUCUACCAGACUGAGAAGCAAUUGAAAGAGCUAGGAGAGAAGGUUCCUGUACCUGUUAAAGAAAAGGUGGAAGCUAAACUGGGAGAACUUAAAGAAGCUAUUAGCGGUGGUUCAACUCAAACUAUUAAAGAUGCCUUGGCUGCCCUCAACCAGGAAGUUAUGCAGCUUGGUCAGUCUCUAUAUAACCAACCUGGAGCUGCAGGCCAAGCAGGACCUACACCACCUGGUGGCGAGUCUGCCCCUUCAGAAUCCUCAGGCAAGGAGGGACCUGAAGGAGAUGUGAUUGAUGCCGAUUUUACCGACUCUAAAUGA